UAAACUUACAUAAAGUCAUUAGGUCAAGCCGUUCUUAGCUUCAUUAGUUGCUAUCCCCUCUCCGCGGCAGCGCAGGCUGUUGAUUCAAGUCAGGCAAGAGGCGUGUUGUGUGCGGCCGGCUGCCUCGGAUCGCGUUACGAGUCGUGUUCCCUACGUCCUCGACGCAUUCUACUUUUCAUUUUAUCAACACAAAAGACAACAACAACCACUCAACCAUUCCCCCUUCGCGAAGUUAAACUUACAACAAAAGUGCAAUCAAAAACAAAGUGACGAAAAAAUGCAGUGUGCGUGAAAGUGAAGUGUCAACAACAAACGGGUCAAAAACACCUAAAAAUGGGUUCAAAAAUCGAAUACGUGGACUCGUCCCACCUUUACGCCACAAACUACGUUCGCAACUCCAAAGCCAUCGGCGUCCUAUGGGCCAUCUUCGCAAUUUGCUAUGCCAUCAUAAGCGUCGUUGCUUUUGUGACACCGGAAUGGAUCGGUGACUUAGAGACGGAAUACCCUCGGAAGUUCGGUUUAUGGCAGGUGUGUCGUGCGGACGAGGCUGCAGAGGACUGCAAGGGGAGCCUAGAAGCUUUCAUGCAGAUCCCAGGGCUGGUGUUCAGGAUAGCCACGGUGCUGGUGGGGUUGGCAGCGGCCCUGGCCUUGUUCACCGUGUGUUCGAUGCUGCUGUUUCUGUUCUGCCGGUCGACCACCGUGUUCCAUAUCUGUGGGUGGCUGCAGCUGCUUUCUGCGAUCUGCAUGGCGGGGGGGGUGUGCGUGUUUCCCGCGGGGUGGGGGGAGGGCGCGGUGCAGGAGACCUGCGGCCCGGCCGCCGACCAGUACCACCUGGGCCACUGCCACAUCCGCUGGGCGUACAUGCUGGCGCUAGUAGCCUGUCUCGACGGCGCGGUGCUGUGCGCGCUCGCGUUCCUGCUCGCGACCAGACACGUCACGCUACAGCCGGGGAGCUUCGGAGGACAUGAGAUGCAUAAAGGCGAAGUGAACAACGCUUACGUGACGGAUGCGACAUCUAUUAGCGGCUCAAGGAAAUCACUCGCUUUGCAGCCGGUGCUAAUAAUGCAUCCACAUGCUCCUAUGGACAUGGACACCUAUUCACACUACUCGGGAAGGACAGCGCGGUCGAAACACGGAAUAUAUGCGAAUACUAUGCAUAAUUACCAAUUGUAAAUUGAUUAGAAUCUUGUUUUAAUUAAGUUAAUUGUACAUGAGGUUAAGUUGUGAGGUUACAAACGAAGUGGUUCAGCUACUCGACGCUAGGUGGCGCUGUAUACGUAAAAAUAAUUUUAGGAGUAAACAAUGUCGUUCAAUAUUUUUUGGUUCUAAAAUCCGUACAUAUGAGAGUUGUUGAGAUACAGAAUUUUAAACAACGAAGCUAUAGUUAUAGAUGGUACAAGCCUAAUUACGUAAUAAGGAUUUGUUAAUAUUAGGUACUUAACAAUAGUUCUUGUAAGAUAUAUUUUUAAAUAAACCUUAUACAUAUAUAUUACUUA